GCUCCCAUUGGCUCCUGCGCGCCGUUUCCCGUCGUGCUCCGCGGGGCCUGAGCCGGAAGCGCUGGGCCGGGAAGCGAAGGAAGAUGAACCUGGAGAGGGUCUCCAAUGAGGACAAGUUGGAGCUGUGCCGCAAAUACUACCUGGGGGGCUUUGCUCUGCUGCCCUUCCUUUGGCUGGUGAACGUCCUCUGGUUCUUCCGGGAAGCCUUCGUGGCGCCCCCCUAUGGCCAGCAGCCGCAAAUACGCCGCUACGUCCGCCGCUCGGCGCUGGGGGUGGGGCUGUGGGGGGUGGGGCUGGGGGCCUGGGUGGGGCUGUUCCAGAGCCGCAGAGCCAGCUGGGGGGUCCUGGGAGACUACUUGGCCUUCACCCUUCCUCUGGGGACCCCCUGAGGAUGCCCCCCAAGCCCCCUCCCCGGGAUCCUCUUCCCCACCCAGAGGAGGGAGAAGAGGCUGAGGGCUGCUGG